GCGGAGCCGCAGCCAUGGCCGCCCGCAGGCCCCGCGCUGCCGCGGCGGCCGCCGCCUUCCUCUCCCCGACCCCGCGGGCCCUCGGCGGCGCCGGCACGCCCGUGCUCGCUGAGUGCCCCGGCAACGACGAUGAGCGCGAGAGGCGCCAGCGCCGCCGCUCCAGGGCGGUGGACUCGUCGCUGCAGGGCCUCGGUUCCCCCUCGCUCAGGCCCGAGAGCUGGCAGCCGCCGCUGCCCCAGUGGAGCAACGCGCAGAUCUCGGAGCACUACAGCACCUGCAUCAAGCUCUCCGCCGAGAAUAAAAUCACCACCAAGAAUGCCUUUGGCCUGCACCUGAUCGAUUACAUGACCGACAUCCUGAAGCAGAAGAACUCAGAUCUCACCAACUUCCAGGUGGCCGCGGGGACUCUGGACGCCAGCGCCAAGAUCUACGCCGUGCGCGUGGAUUCCGUCCACGCCGAUGCCUUCAGGGUCCUGGGCCACCUGGGCAAGGAGCCAGCCCCUGCCAGGGGCCAGGACAGCCCCCAGGAAGGCUCCAGCCCGGCCUCCGAGGCUGCCAGGAAGUCUCAGCCAAAGAAGAAGCAAAGCUUCAAAACCAUCGAGCAGAACCUGAGCAACAUCAACGUGCCCGAGGGCAGCCGCAGGGCCGAGGUGGAUCCCAUGUUCCAGAGAGCAGCCGCCUCCUUCGACGAGUGCAACACUGCCGGCAUUUUCCUGACGGGGCUGCGCUCCCAGGGCUUCCAGAGCCGGCUCCUUUUCCACUCUGGAAUUGUCCCUCUGCCCUCCUCGGAGAGCCUGGCCCUGCCCAGCUCCCAGCCCGUCACCGUGCCGGCUCUAAAAGCCCUGCUGGCCCCGUGCCUGGAAAAACGCCGGAUCUGCUCCUCCCUGUCUGGAUUCCAGUUCACCAAGUGGGAUGAGGAGUCCCACGACGAGUCAGUGUCAGCGCUCCUGGAGAAGUUCCGGAAGAGCGAGCAGGCCUUCGAUCCCAACCUGGAUCCCGACAGCGAGGACGGGGAGGGCUGGGCCCCCUCCCAGCCCCAAUUCCAGCCCGAAUCCCCAGCCGGGGACCGGAGCCGGGAAUUCCAGGCCAACGGAGACUCCGUCGGCCACAGCAAGAGGAGCAAUGGGGCUCCCCUGGGAGAGGGGGACAUCGGCACGCUGAGCCUGCACGUGUCCCUGAAUCCCGGGGAAUAUUCCUACUUCAGCCCCCGCGUUCUCUCCAUGUGGGCUGGCCCUGAGCACUGGCGCUUCCGGCCCCGCCAGCCCCCAGCCCCAGGCCCAGAGAAGGAUUCCCGGCAGAGGAUUCCCAGGAAGGUUUUUGAGCUGGAUUUCCAGGAGGACAUCGACUUCCAAGCCCAUUUCCAUAAGACCAAGGCAUCCACAACUUUGGCCAAAUCCAUCCUGGAAAGCCAGAACAGCCGGAGCACCACGCUCCCUGCAGACUUCAACUACGACCCCCAGAACCUGCGGCAGCUCUUCCUCAAACCCCUGCUCAAGCUCAGCCCGAGCUCGGAUCCAGUGGGAGCCUUGGACAGCGAGGCUGGAAUUGAGGAUUACGACUACAACAACCCCAACGACACCUCCAACUUCUGCCCUGCCCUGCAGGUCCCUGACAGCGAUGACGAUCCCGAUCCCACGGAAUUCCUGGGCCAGGCCGAGCUGUUCCCGCUCCCGGAUCAUCCCGAGGCUCCGGAGGGUUCUGGGAUCAAUGGUGGGAAUGUCCCGGGCUGCAAGGAGCUGGAGCUGAUCGACGAGCCCCACAAGAUCCAGAAGAUCUCCAUCCAAUACGCCAGGACGGCCAAGAGGAUGGACAUGAGGAGGCUGAAGAGGAACAUGUGGGAGCUGCUGACGGGGCAGGAAGAGGGGGAGGAAGACGGGGAAGGGACAGACAUGGAGAUGAGCGGAGAGAAAAUCCUGAGUGACAUCACCAAGGAUCUGCUCCACAGGCUCCCUCCUGCCAUGGCCACCAACCUGUCGGUGCCCUUGGCCUUCGUGUGCCUCCUGCACCUGGCCAACGAGAAGAAUUUGAGGCUGGAGAGCACCGAGGACCUGUCGGAUAUCCUGGUGAAAGCGGGAGACUGACCCCGGAGCCGCUCCCAGUCCAGCAGGGAAUUCUGAGAAUUCCCAAAUUCCUUGGGAAGGACAUUCAGGGAUGUCCUGGCUGGACAGAUCCAGCCAGGAUCCAGCAGCUUUUCCCUGGGAUUGGGAAUUCCUGCACUUCACUGUGAACCCAGGCUGCUCUGUGUUCCAAAAUUUCCUCUCUGUGUCCCAAAAUUUCCUCUCUCUCUGUCACAGAAUUUCCUCUCUGUAUCCCAAAAUUUCCUGUCUGUGUCCCAAGCUUUCCUGUAUCCCAAAAUUCCCUCUGUCUAUCCCAAAAUUCCCUCUGUGUGUCCCAGAAUUCCCUCCCCGUGUCCUUCCCAGUCUGUAAUUCCCAGUUUUUGGACUGACUGUUACUCCUGGUCCCUGUUCCCUCCAUUCCCUGGGAUUAUUCCUGGUUUUUUUACUGGUUUUAGGGUUAAUAAAUUCUGGACACUUUGGA